UUUAAAUUACUAAGGGGAAGUAUAUGAUAUAUUUAUAGAUGGAAGGAGAAAAAGAAUAAUAAAAGUCGUACUUUCGCUGGAGGUAAUUCUAGAAGGUUGUGAAAAAAUUUGGACGAAUUAAUAUAAUUAUUGUUAUUAUUAAUAAAUAACCAUGGCUCGUCCUUGCGAUCGCAAUCCUCUUAAUUGCCUCUUGUCUCGUCAAAUUGAGGAUCGCGUUGAUUAUUGCAAGCAACUUGUCAACGCAAGAUUAUCUCGUUCUGAUAAUUUAUAUCGAAAAGAUUUAAUGUCGCAUUACGGUUGUGUCAACGCUAUUGAGUUCUCUAAGGAGGGACAUCUUCUUGUCUCAGGGGGAGAUGACAGAAGAGUUCUUUUAUGGAAAGUUGAUCAAGCAAUUCAAGGCUUAGGUGAACCUAUGGCCAUGAAAGCCCAACAUAAUAGUAAUAUUUUUUGCCUUGGAUACGAUAGCAGCAAUUCUAAAAUAUUUUCAGCUGGUAAUGAUGAUCAAGUGAUUGUUCAUGAUCUUAAAACUGGAGACCCGUUGGAAUUUUUCCUUCAUGAGAAACCAGUGUACGGAUUGUCAAUUCAUCCAGAAGAUGAUAAUAUAUUUUCUAGUGCCUGCGACGACGGAAGAGUUUUAGUCUUUGACAUAAGGAAUCCCAGUAGCUCUGAGUCGCUGUGUUUGGCACAAUACAAAACUCCAUUUCAUUCCGUGAUGUUCAAUCCAGUGGAGCCGAAACAACUUGCUACUGCAAACGCUGAGGAAGGUGUCAGCAUGUGGGACAUCAGAAAGCCUCUCAAGCCUUUGCUACGAUAUGGAGCUGAAGGUCCAUCUCAAAGCUGCAUGAAUGUCUGUUUCAAUUCAGCUGGCACACGAUUGUUGGCAUUAAAACGCAGAUUACCACCUGUGCUGUAUGCUGUUGAUUCGGCGAAGCUACUGUGUCACUUUGAUCAACCGGGUUAUUACAAUAGCUGCACAAUGAAGUCUUGUUGCUUUGCCGGAGAUGAUGAAUCAUACAUUCUUUCAGGCUCCGAUGACUUCAAUCUCUACAUGUGGAAAAUUCCUAAAGACGACAGCAGUUGGGUUAAAUCAGCGCAUAUGAUUUUACGUGGUCAUCGUUCGAUUGUCAAUCACGUAAGAUACAAUCCAAGACAUUGUAUUCUAGCUUCGUCAGGAGUUGAAAAAAUAAUCAAAGUCUGGAGUCCAUUUAGUCUUGGAAAUGGAUGCUUGGGCGGUCUAACUAGACUUGGUGGAAAGCUAGAAAGACAACGUAAAGUUUACACACAUGAUGACUACAUAAAAUUAGUAGUACAAAACAAUGGUGAAUUUAUGAGCCAUGAUUACACCAAUCAGUCAACUUGUGAGGAUCCACGAAUGAUGGCUUUUUUCGACUCACUCGUACAACGUGAAAUUGAAGGCUGGAGUUCAGAUGCUGCAUCUGGUCAACGUGAUCCGAGUGACUCUGAAAAUGCGUCGACUGUCCCUCCGGAAUAUAGUGCCACUGAUUCUGAUGACUCAAUAGCAUCUGAUACGCAAUUAAUGAGAAGUGUAAUAGGAGCAAAAAGAAAUCCACGACACAGAUCUCGUGGUGGUGUUGCACCGGAGAGACCAUUUGAAUCUCCAAAUCGUAUUACACGUUUAAUUGGCAGUUGUCGUGAAAAAUUAAUGAAACUAGCGGCAUUAGAAAGUGGCUCAAUGACAUGUAGUUUAAAUAAUCCAUCAACAAUAGCUGAGGAUUCGGAUUCAGAUGAAAAGACUGGUGGAGACAAAGGAAAAUACAGUAGAUGUAAAUUAAAAUCUAAGACACGUGUCAAGGGUACAAAACGAAAACAAAUACGUACGUCAACGAGAAAUAAAGUCCGUAGAAAAUGCACUGUUUUAAAAAUACUUAGUGAUUCUGAAAGUGAUGUAGAGUGCGCUAAAAAAAUUAAACCUCGCUCUAAAGAAUUGAGAAGUAAUGGUAAUAAUAAUGUUAAUAAUAAUAACAAUAGUAGUAAUAAUAAUAACUCGGCUGUUGAUACAGCCCAACCAAGUACAAGUACCGGAGUAAGUUCACGUGGUUCGCGUUAUUCUGUCAGGACAAUACCAGUCGACAGUGAUUUUGGUGAAUCUAAUCACUCUAGUGGUAGUUCUGAUGACGAUGAUGAUGAUAAUGAUAUUCCAAUGAAACGUCGAUGCUUGAAAGCUGACAAAGAAAAAUCAACAAGUAAAGGGUACAGACGUAAGCCCGAAAGAUGUAAACAAUCUCAGAGUAGAGCCAAUCGUGAUAAAAAUAAUAUUAAUAAUAAUAAUAAUAAAAAUAAUAAUAAUAAUGUGAGUUUAAAUAAUAAUGUUAAUAAUGGUAGUAAUAGUAACACACAAACUGAAGAAUCGAUAACACCGAUAAAAGUUAAUCGGAAAAUCCCACCGCCAACUCCCGACAGCGGAGUCGCAUCAUCUGGCAGCGUAUCAACAACCGAAAAAUGUAAUUCCACUCCAGAGACGUCAUUCAACGGAGCUGAAAAUUCUGACCAGGAGAGAAUCUCCGCACGUCUCGAGUGUUUCAAGAAGAAAGUUGACGUUGCUCGUAAAGGAUAUCGCAAAAGAUCAACCCCCUAAUUUAACACGCCGUUAAAUAUUUCUUCCGAUCGUCGUCAUUUAAAUUAAACAAGUAAAUAAUUAUAUAAAUACUAAAGUAAUAAUAAUAAAUUAUGUGAGCAUACUUGUCAAUCUUCUUCCCUUUUUAUACACAAAACAAGGGAUGUACAAGUGCCCGAUAAUAUUUUUGUAAUAGGUUUCAACAGUAAAUUUCUCCCAAGUAUUUUUAUUUACAUAAAGAAAAAAAACAUAUUAUAAAAUCAUCUCUUGGUAAUUUGUAAUUACUAAUUACUAUUAUUAUAAUUUCAUGUCAUUUAAACUAAUCGUAAAUCAUCAAGUCAUACAACGUCUAUUAUUAAAUUAUUGCUAACUUUUAAUUACAAUUAUUAUUAUUAUUACUAUAUAUUUUUUUUAAUAUAUACACAUAUUAUUAAUAUAUUCAAUAUGUUUAUUUAAAAUAUUUUACAAUGAUUCAUUAUACAGUCGAUUUAAAUUACUGACUACAUAGUAAAUGAAUACAUUAACUGAACGUGAGUCAUAAACUAUGAGCUGGUUUGAGUUUAUUCAAAAUAGCUCACGUUUUACAAAAAAAAAAAAAUAAAAUAAAA